AUGCCCCAGCCGAUCCUCCUUGCAUCGUCCAGCUUCACUGCCAUCCUCUGCCCGAUCUCUUCGGCACACCUGGCGCCUCCACAGCAGCGACCGUGCUGGCCCUGUCCCGUCAAGAACGCCGGGGGAGGCACACGCAACGAGGCAGAUUGCGCUCCUAGCCGGGGUCUGGACGACGUCGGUGCAGCAUCACUCUCCCACCCCGUUCUAGCCGACCUUGGCCCGUCCCGUGGCUCCUAA